UGGUACCGCCUGAUAUCCCCAUUCGCAUUCACUAACGGAACCGCCACGUAUGGACAAAACGCCAUAUUUUAGGACCCAACUCCCACCCAGCCCUAAGACAAACCCCCGCUUCCCAUCAACUUCCAUAAGGCAAACAUCUUCUUGUGAACACCCAACCAGAUAACACCUCUCAAGUUUCUGAAUUCUCGCCACAAUGAUCUCCCCGCGAUGUAAGUUACAUUUUCCUUACCCCCCUCUGCCAUCGCUCACCAGACAUCCCAGAGCAAUACAAUCGCUCCAGUCCGCUAACCCUUGAGGCAGUGCACAUAGGCGCAGGAAGGCCCAGCUCUCUCCCGACAGAGAGAGAGGUAUUCGUUCUCCAAAAUCUAGCGGCCCAACAUGAGGAGAAAGCCGAAAAGCUAUACCUCAAACUCUACACGCUAGAGUUUAACAAUUUACCCAACUGGGAAGUAUGCAGGAGGCUUACGCGCGACUUCAAACAAACCACUGAGAUGAUCGAGGCCGUUAAUAAGAGAGUAGCUCUGGCGUGCUCCGGAAAAUUACCCGCUAAGGAGACCAUCCAAUCCAUAGUGCAAGUGAUGAGCGCGAUAGAUACCUGGGUGCGUCAGAUCGACGGCGAGAUGUACCUCCGGCAUACCUCGAAGCCAUUGGCGCCCGUUCCACUAGAGGUAAUAUGCGCUAUUCUCAGGCAAGCCCGUUCAGAAGGGAAGGAGAGCAAUCGUGAACCCUGCCCCCGCGCCCAUCAAACUCAAGUCGGGAGCGCUAGACCGCAGGCAGGAUUUUGGGGGAGGCUCUGCAAACAGAUUAUCUUUGGUCGGAACAUGCGCAGCGGUAUUACGGGCUGGGACUUUUGGCAAUCCUUCUGA